CCGUGGUCAGCUGCACCGUUUUUUUGUUCAACCAAUAGCUCAGCUACAGGCUGAUAAUCGAGUGGUUGAUUUUUCCUAUUUUUCGGUGAUUCAAUUUUGUGGAAUAUUUCUGGCAGAAGUCGCAACUCGGAACUCAUUUAUACGUAGUGAAUUUGUGUGGUGAAGAUAUUUUCUACUGAACAUACAGACACACAAUGGCUCCUAAGGAUGAUCCGGAGGUGACCGCCUUGAAGAAGGAAGUCAAUGAUUUGAUUGCUAAAAUGAAGGAAGAACAAAAGAAAGCGGCCGAUUGCACCCUCCAGGACAAAUGUUCGGAUAUGGGCGAUGCGCCAAAGGUACGCAUCAGCACGAAGAAGUAUCUCAAAGGUCAUAUCAACAAGGUCAACUCGGUACACUUUGCCGGUGACUCGCGCCACUGCGUCACCGGAUCGCUGGAUGGCAAACUGAUCAUCUGGGACACCUGGACUGGCAACAAGGUGCAGGUAAUUCCCCUCCGGUCGGCAUGGGUCAUGAGUGUGGCGUACGCGGAUUCGGGCAAUUUCGUCGCCUGUGGCGGCAUGGACAACAUGUGUACAGUUUACGAUCUGAACAACCGCGAUGCCCAGGGUAAUGCAAAAAUCGUUCGUGAGUUGGCUGGCUACGAGGGUUUCUUGAGUUCGUGCCGCUUUUUGGACGACACCCAUGUGCUAACAGGAUCGGGUGAUAUGAAGAUCUGCGUAUGGGAUCUGCAAGUGGGCAAGAAGACGUCCGAGUUUGAUGCCCACGCCGGUGACGUGGUGUCGAUUUCGCUCAGCCCAGACAAGAAUACCUAUGUAACCGGUUCGGUCGAUCGCACCUGUAAGCUGUGGGAUGUACGAGAAUCGACGCCGAAGCAAACAUUCUUUGGCCAUGAAGCGGACGUCAAUAGUGUUUCCUACCACCCAAGUGGAUUUGGAUUUGCUACCGGAUCGGAGGACAAGACGGCUCGAUUGUUCGAUUUCAGGUCUGACCAGCAGAUUGGACACUACGAACCUCCAAACAAGAGCAGUGGAUUCACAUCGUGCGCAUUAUCUCUGAGCGGACGAUACAUUCUGUGUGGAUCAGACGACAACAACGUCCACAUUUGGGACACCAUGAAGGGACAGCAUAAUGGCACCCUGAGCGGCCACGAGAACCGCGUCACAUCGAUUUGCAUGGCUCCGAACGGAAUGGCAAUGGCGUCCUGCAGUUGGGACAACAACGUUCGCGUAUGGGUGUGAACAAACGAGGACAAUCGGAAUCAAGGGAUCUACGACAUCCGGAGCAUUUCCUUAUAUUAUUGAUAUGUAUUUUUGUCUCUCUUUCUCUCUUAUUUUCGGGCAGCAAAUUGACCUUGUGAGACACCUAAAAAAAUGUGCUGCUCUGAUUAGUUAAGCUUUGAAUCUGUCUAACAAACGGAAGCAAUAAGAACCGUAACACCACCA